AUGUUAAUACCAAAUAAGAGUUUAAUUACAAUAUCAAUUCAUUGUCUGCCACUUGGUAUUUGUGCCACCUGUGUAACUAGACCAGAUUUAUUAGUUAAAAAUGUUGUUCCUGUGGUUAUGGCCGGUAUUAUUGCCAUUUAUGGAUUAGUCGUUUCUGUGUUAGUUUCAGAUUCUUUAAGUCAAAAACAAGCUUUAUAUACUGGUUUCAUUCAAUUAGGAGCUGGUUUAAGUGUUGGUUUAUCUGGUUUGGCUGCCGGAUUUGCAAUUGGGAUUGUCGGUGAUGCUGGGGUUAGAGGUACUGCUCAACAACCUAGAUUGUUUGUUGGGAUGAUUUUGAUUUUGAUUUUUGCUGAAGUUUUGGGGUUAUAUGGAUUGAUUGUUGCUUUGUUGUUGAACUCUAGAGCUUCUCAAGAUGUCACUUGUUAA